CUUUUUUUUUUUUUUUUUAAUUGAGGAAUCUGCAGCUGAUGGACGAAGGUUGAACCUCUUCAGACACCGUAGGCAGUGGAUCAGUGCCGGGCAAAAUGGAAGUGAAUCCCCCCAAACAAGAGCACCUGCUGGCGCUGAAAGUGAUGCGGUUAACUAAGCCUACUUUAUUCACCAAUAUUCCAGUAACAUGUGAAGAGAAAGACUUACCUGGAGAUCUCUUCAACCAACUGAUGAGAGAUGAUCCUUCAACUGUACGUGGUGCAGAAAUUUUAAUGUUGGGAGAAAUGUUGACUUUACCUCAAAAUUUCGGAAAUAUAUUCUUGGGAGAGACCUUUUCCAGUUAUAUCAGCGUUCAUAACGAUAGCAAUCAAAUUGUAAAAGACAUAUUGGUAAAAGCUGACCUUCAGACAAGUUCUCAGCGUUUAAAUCUUUCAGCUUCCAAUGCUGCAGUGGCUGAACUUAAACCUGAUUGUUGUAUUGAUGAUGUCAUACACCAUGAAGUUAAGGAAAUUGGAACACACAUCCUGGUGUGUGCUGUGAGUUACACAACUCAGGGUGGAGAAAAAAUGUACUUUAGAAAAUUCUUCAAAUUUCAGGUUCUCAAACCAUUGGAUGUGAAAACCAAAUUUUACAAUGCAGAGAGUGACCUCAGUUCUGUGACUGAUGAAGUAUUUCUUGAAGCUCAGAUUCAGAAUAUUACAACCUCACCCAUGUUUAUGGAGAAAGUUUCAUUGGAGCCAUCUAUAAUGUAUAAUGUAACAGAAUUAAAUUCUGUCAACCAAGCUGGAGAAUGUGUAUCAACAUUUGGGUCAAGAGCAUAUUUGCAGCCAAUGGAUACACGCCAGUACUUAUACUGCCUAAAGCCCAAGAAGGAGUUUGCAGAAAAAGCGGGUAUCAUUAAGGGAGUUACAGUAAUUGGAAAAUUGGAUAUUGUAUGGAAAACAAACCUUGGUGAAAGGGGAAGGUUACAAACCAGCCAACUUCAGAGAAUGGCUCCAGGUUACGGAGAUGUUCGGUUGUCUUUGGAGGCAAUCCCAGAUACCGUAAACCUAGAAGAACCUUUUCAUAUUACCUGUAAAAUAACUAACUGCAGCAGUGAAAGGACGAUGGAUCUGGUUUUGGAAAUGUGUAAUACCAGUUCUAUUCAUUGGUGUGGUAUUUCAGGAAGACAGCUUGGAAAGCUGCAUCCAAGUUCUUCUCUCUGCCUUGCCCUUACUCUGCUGUCUUCGGUACAGGGACUACAAAGUGUUUCCGGCUUAAGAAUAACAGACACAUUCUUAAAGAGAACAUAUGAAUAUGAUGACAUCGCACAAGUCUGUGUGGUAUCUUCAGCCGUUAAAGUGGAAAGCUAAAGGAAAUUCCCAGUGUUAUGCUUUUUUCAUUUGUUUUCACAGAACUGCUUUCUGUAUUUUUUUCACCUUUGUGAAAUGUUCAAAUCAAAAAUAAGUAUAUAUUGUUUUUCUUUCCUGUAAGUUAAAAUAUUAAAUAUUUGUUUUGAGAAGAAUCAAUUUUAUCUUGUGAGUUAUAUUCUUAAGUGGACAUUUUUAUGUUUUCUGUACUUUGCUUCAUUUUAGGUGACCUUUGGACUUUGUUCUACAAAAGUUCUAUAUUUGAGGCCAUUUGUCCUUAGCAAGUACCUAGAACAGUAGUCAGCAAACUUUUUUUAUAAAGGGCAAAAUACCAAAUAUAGUGCAAGAGCAGCUGUAGGCAAAAAAAAAAAAAAAAAAAAAGCACAGUGGUAUUUACGAAAAUAGGCAGCUUACUGGAUCUGACCUGUGGGUGACCGUUUGCUGAUCUCAAUCUGGAAGAUAAAGUUGUUUAUUUGAAUUUUAGAAUUCUCACAAUACAGAAAGGAUUGUUUAAAACAAAUGGGGUAGUCCCCUGUAACCUGAUAAUUUGCUAACACAGUAUGAACUUUUCUAGUUAUUCUCAAAAUCAUUGUAUUGGUAUGUGUUGUGUUUGUGUAUACAUAAAAAUAAAUCUAACUUUCAGAUACUGAA